AUGCCACAGCAAAGGAGUGGGCAGCAGUCCUGCGAGGAGCGUUCGUGUCAGCAACAACUGAACAUGUUCCGGCGACAGAGCCCGCAGGCAGGCAGCAGGCAGGCAGCAGGCAGGCAAAACCCAACAACGAUUCAGCGCUCAGCGAUUAAAACGGCGCCAAUUCCGAUGGCGGCCUUUCUCGGCAACGACAUCAGCAGCGGCAGCCCCGGCAGCAGCGGCGGCGGCCUGCGGAGCGGCGCCACAGCAGCCGCAGCUGCCACAGCAGCACUCAAUGGCGGUGGCGGUGGCCGCGGCGGUGGUCGCCAGGGAGGAGGUGCCGCGAAUGGCGCCACGGGCAGUGCGUCGAACUCCGGGCCAUCGUCCAAGUCGGAGAAGCAGGACGACGGCGAGGAGGGCGGCAUCGGCAUCCUCUGCGGCUGCGGCAACAGGGCGCCCAAGUCCCACUGCAUCUCCGCAACAGGUGUCCUGCUGCUGGUGCUGCUGUACACCGCCAUGGGGUCGAUCAUCUUCGUGACCCUCGAGGGCGAGCUGGAGGACGGCAGUGCCGUGGAGACAGCCGUGGCCGCCUCCAAGCCAUAUCCCCGCACCGAGCUGGCCAACGCCGAGAUACGCUCCAGAACUGUCGAUCGCCUGUGGUCGAUAACGGAGGAUCUCAAUAUCCUGUACAAGGAGAACUGGACACGGCUCGCCGCCCAGGAGGUGCAGCUGUUUCAGGACACACUGCUGCGGGCCGUUCGCCAGUCAAAGGUUUACCCACCAGGCGGCAUCCAGCUGAACGCACCGACCCACAAGUGGACCUAUGCCUCGGCCUUUCUCUACUCCAUGACAUUAAUUACAACGAUAGGCUAUGGCGGCGUCUCGCCGCGCACCCAGUGGGGCCGCAUUGCUGCUCUGAUUUACGCGCUCCUCGGCAUACCCAUAAUCCUGCUCUACUUGUCGGCCAUGGGCGACGCCCUGUCCACCGGCAUGCGCUGCCUGUUCCGCCGCCAGGGCGGCGAGGGGGGCGCUGCCGGCGAGGGCGAUGGCGGCGACAGGGAUGGCAGCGGCAACGGCAACGGCAGCGGCAGCGGCAGCGGUGGCAGCAAUGGACGCAAAUCGGACAAGAAGAAGGGCAAGAAGAGCCACUACCAUGGAGGGGCUGGUGGUGGCAGCAAUUUGCACUACGGCAUGCCGCAAACCGUCUACCAGCAGCAGCAGCAGCAGCAGCAGCAGCAGCAGGAAAAGAAGAGCUCCGAGCCGGAAAACGAGCAUGGGGGCGGGGCUCGGGGCUCUGCCAGUGUGCCCAUCUCGAUCUGCGUGUGCGUGAUGGUGUGCUAUGUGACCAGCGGGGCCAUCCUGUUCCACCGGCUGCAGAACUGGAGCGUGCUGGAGUCGCUGUACUUCUGCUUCACGUCGCUGGGCACCAUCGGGUUCGGCGAGCUGGCGCCCCGGGGCACGCUGGCCCUGUACAUGGCCUCCGCCUACAUACUGGUGGGCAUGGCCGUGGUGGCCAUGUGCUUCAACCUGAUCCAGGCCGAGAUUGUCCACUGGCUGCGCAAGUUCAGCGUGCAGGACCACGUGACGCCCAAGGCCGAGGAGGUGACCCUCGUGUCGGUGUCCGUCACCCCGAAGCCCUCCUGACAACGACCCAGCGCGGACCUGCUGGGCGGCGUCGCCGGCGGUCCGAGCACCUCCUCCGGCCUGGGCGUGGGCCUGGGCGUGGGCGUGGUAGGCCACCAGCCACCCAACAGCCUGGCCCAGCACCAGACCAUGUUCUUCGGCCCGGCCCACACCCUGACCCAGUACAGCUCGCUGCCCCGCCGCAGCCACAUGCACGGCCACGGCGCGGGACCCUCGUCCUCGGGCGCCGCCUUCCAGCGCAACACGCCCAUCCGACGCUCCACGGGCAUCCCGGAGCACCACAUGGAGUACUUUGUGCCGCGCAGCAUCAGCGAGUUCAAUCUGUCGGGCGUGGGCGAUCUGGCCCUGCCCCCGCCGCGGCGCUACUCCCCCAACAUGGGCAACAACAUGGGCAUGGGCAUGGGCAUGGGCAUGGGCAUGGGCACCGGCAUGGGCAUGGGAAUGGGCAUGGGCAUGGGACUGCCGCACGGCCUGCAACUGGGACCACCGCAGACACUGCUCUGUGGCCAGCAGCAGCAGCAGCAACAGCAGCAGCAACCACCGCCACCGCCGGCCCAGCUGCAGAUAGUCACGUUGAAGCCGCGCAGCGAGAAGAUGGUCACCUUCGAGGAUGAGUCCAAGCAGCAGCAGCAGCAGCAGCAGCAGCCACCGCCGCCAUCCAUUGUCUCCUCCGGCGUGAACUCGGUGUCGGCAGCGUCGGGCACACAUUGUCCCCACGGGGUGCCGACGACGCCGCGAAAGUCCUCCGCUGUCGGCGCUCUGGGUGGCGGGGACAUUUUCAUGUGACCAGCCAGCUGACUAGCGGCAGCGUCCAGUGACUGCUCCCCAGCGGCAUCCGUGUCCGUGUCCGUGUCCGUUUCCGGCAUUGGUGCUGGUGUUGGUGCCGCCUCGGAGCUGAAUGCGGCGAUGCGCCUGCGGGACAGCAUUGAUGAGGCGCUGUGCCCCAAGUCGGGCCCGGCACCAGGUGAGGUGAUCCGUGUCUAAGUGAAUCAACCAACCGCUCACACUGUAAGUAAUUGCACACACAAACACACGCAGACGCGAGCCAUGAAUGCGAGAGUCGAAAAGUGUUGCCUACAUUCGAGGGCCUCCAGCAGCAGCAGCCGGAAAGGAAAAAAGGAACAAGGAGGGAGUGGGGCAGAGGGAGAAGACAUAACAAUUUCCUUCAUCUAAAAGUUCUUCGUCGUGUUUUUUGAAUCUAUAAACAUUGAGCAAAUAUUUAUUAUUAUGUGUGUAAAUACAGGAGGAAAAACAAAAGCCAAAAAGGAAACCAAAAUCAAAACAAGCAGCAUCCACACGCAGGGCGGGGAGAAUGGACAAAGUUUUUAGCAGCAGCAGCA